AUGGUUAAAGAACUUUUUCGGGAAUCCGAUCACUCAAGGACGGUGUAAGGCCCAAAAUAUUCAUGAUAUGACUGUUAAUUAUAUUUUUUCAGUGAAUCCGUCCGUUUUACGACUGGUAGUGCUGUUGAUAUUAGGCAAAUUUCUCAUUUACAAGUUUUCAAUAGCAGAUUAUAUGAGGAUGGAGGAGGGAGGAUGAACCCAACACUGUUUGGACCGUUGGACAACCGGUUGGGAACAUGCUCGAAAACCGCUAACUGCGAGACCUGUGGCCAGAAUUCAACGGAUUGUGUUGGCCAUUUCGGUUAUAUGAAUUUGGAAUAUCCGGUUUUCCACGUCGGUUUCUUUAGACUUGUCAUCCAGACCCUUCAGUGUAUAUGCAAGGUAUAAUAUAUAAUAUGUGUUAUAAUUGCUGAUUCACGUGUAGUCGAGCUGAUUUCAGAGGUGCGCUUCAACUUUGUUGACCGGAGAUGCCAAGGAAGCUAUCCUAAAGCAAAUUCAGAAUCCAACUCUAGAUUAUCUUAGGCGGAAGGCAAUCCAGAAGAAAGUCGUCGCCCUAAGUAAAAAGAUCUCUACUUGUCCUGAAUGCGGAUUCCAAAACGGAACGGUUAAGAAAGCCGUUGGCGCUGUUCUCAAGGUGGUUCAUGCUGAACCCGUGGGAGAUGAAAAGGAAUUCUGUAUGGGGAAUAAGGAUACCAAGGAACUCAAUUCUCUUGUCAGCAUGGUCAAGUUUAAUCUAGUGGAUCCCCUCCGCGUAUACAAUUUAUUCAAAAAGAUUCAGAAAUCUGUAAGUCUUUUAAAUUUUUUAUUACUUUCUCUUUAGGAUAUCCCCUUCUUGAUGGUUCAAGCCGAUGCCGUCCAGCAUCCAAUAGACCUUCUUCUUACUCGAAUGCCCGUCCCGCCAGUUUGUAUUCGUCCAUCGGUUAUGACCGAGACUAGAGCUGGUUCCAAUGAAGAUGACUUGACUGUUAAGUUAAUGGAGAUUAUGAUGAUCAAUGAGGUUUUGAGGAAACACAAACACGAUGGAGCCCCCAUGAAGACGGUAGCCGAGACCUGGGACCUUCUUCAAAUACAGUGUGCUUUGUAUAUCAACAGCGAGUUGAAUGGAUUACCUCCAGAUCUGCAGCCAAAGAAGUUUGUUCGAAGUUUUACUCAACGUCUGAAGGGAAAACAGGGACGAUUCCGAGGAAACCUCAGUGGAAAACGGGUCGAUUUCAGUGGGAGGACUGUAAGAUAUAGGUUCAUUUCAAUGUUUUUCGUUUUAGGUAAUAUCUCCAGAUCCGAAUUUGAAAGUUGAUCAAGUCGGUGUCCCCAUUCAUGUGGCCAAGAUCCUCACUUUCCCCGAAAUUGUCAACAAAACCAAUAUUGAAUUAAUGAAGAAAUUAGUGAUUAAUGGAGACUCUACUCAUCCCGGGGCCAAUCAUAUCGUUGAUCGGAGGACAGGAAAUAAGAAGUUCUUGAGAUACGGAAACCGAGAACAACUUGCUCAAUCUCUUCAAUACGGAGAUAUUGUUGAGCGCCAUCUGAAGGACGACGACGUUGUUCUUUUCAAUCGACAGCCAUCUCUCCAUCGGAUUAGUAUAAUGGCUCAUCGGGCAAAGGUUAUGCCUUUUAGAACUUUCCGUUUUAACGAAUGCGCUUGUACUCCUUAUAACGCUGAUUUCGAUGGUGAUGAAAUGAAUCUUCAUCUUCCACAGACGUAUGAAGCCAGGGCCGAAGCGUCGAUGUUGAUGAAUAUCAAGUCCAAUCUGAUUACGCCAAGGUCCGGGGAACCUUUGGUUGCAGCUAUUCAAGAUUUCAUCACGGCUGCUUAUGUAAUCACCCAUAAAGACACGUUCUUGCCAAGAGAUGAGAUUUACAGAUGUGCGGCAGCUCUGGUCGACGUUAACGCUAAGCAUCAAUAUAAGAUAAGAGUUCCACAACCUGCUAUUUUAAAGCCAAAAGAACUUUGGACAGGGAAGCAGGUAACCUUUGUCAGUUUUUUUGAUGUGUCCCUCUUUCACACUUACUAUAUCUGAUGCUUUUAGUUGGUUGAAUUGAUCCUUGCCCCAGAACUCGGCACUCAUGUUCGGGUUAAUAUAUCAACUCCGAACAAGUCUCACCCUAAAGGGCAGGAUGAGUUCUCUUCAAAAGUAAGUAAACUUUCCUUUUUUUAAAAGCUUUAGGACACAUUUGUUAUUAUUAAAAACAAUCAACUGUUGUGUGGAAUGUUGGACAAGGCAUUGCUUGGAUCUGGAAGCAAAACUAACAUAUUUUAUGUGUUAUUGAGAGACUUUGGAGAAGAUUAUGGCCUCGAAGCCAUGUGGAGAUUGGCUCGAAUAAGUCCCGUUUUUUUAUCUAACAGAGGAUUUUCUAUCGGUACGUUUGAUCUGAAUGAAUAUGAUCAGAGUUUUGAUGUAAAUAUGAAGAGAUAUGUUGUAGGGAUCGGCGAUGUCACUCCAAGUGCCAGUUUGCUUAAGGAAAAGAAGCAGUUGUUGGAUAACGGGUACUCAGAAUGCGAAGAAUUUAUCGAACAAUUGAGAAUCGGAAAAUUGAAAUCUCGGCCCGGCCAAACAGAAGGCGAAACCUUAGAAAGUUUAAUUUUGCAUGAGUUGUCUCAGAUCAGAGAUCACGCUGGAAAAUCUUGUUUGCAUAAUCUGUCGAAGUAAGACCUUCUCAAUGCUUUGGCAUGUUCUUUUAGAAGCAAUACCCCCUUGACAAUGGCCAUUUGUGGUUCCAAGGGAUCCUUUAUCAAUAUCUCCCAGAUGAUUGCAUGUGUGGGUCAGCAGUCUAUCUCCGGUCACCGUCCCGCUGAAGGUUUUGAGUACCGAUGUCUUCCCUUGUUUCAGAAGAAUGAUAAGAGUCCUGUAGCACGAGGGUUCGUUGAGAACUCCUUUUAUUCCGGACUUACUCCAACUGAGUUCUUUUAUCACACCAUGGCCGGAAGAGAGGGAUUGGUGGAUACUGCUGUUAAGACCGCCGAGACAGGCUACAUGCAGCGAAGAUUGGUGAAAUGUCUAGAAGAUUUAGCUGUAAACUACGAUAAUACAGUGAGAUCGUCGACUGGUGAUAUUGUUCAGUUCAAGUUUGGAGAGGAUGGACUUGACCCGUGUUUCAUGGAAGCCAAAGAUGGAGAUGUUGUUGACUUCAAUCAUAUACUCUUCCAUACCAGAAACAUUUGCCCGUAAAUAGCAUCAACUCUUGGAUUUUAAUAUUUUUGUAGGUUUGAAUACAAUGAGAAUGAUCUCCUUGAUGGCGAGGGAAUGAAAGUUCUUAUUGAUGAAGCCAUUAAGCCGAUUGCCAAAUUUCACAGCCUGUUCGGACAGAGACUUAUCGAGUUUUUGAUGGGUUACCUCGACUCGAAGCAAUCAUUCUUCCAACUCCCUUCAACUUGUAACAAGCAUGCAAAUGCUACGUAAGUCAUUGUUAUAUUAAUUCUGAUCUUCUCAGGAUUGUUACUAGAAACAAAUGCCAGUUCUGCCAGAACGCAAGGAAUGUUCGUCAGACCUUGAUUAAGGCGCAUUAUCUCAGCCAUGCCCAAGUGAUGACAUUCAUUGAAUUAUGCGAAAAGAAGUUGAAGAAGGCGAUUGUUGAGCCUGGGACUGCUGUUGGUGCCGUGUCGGCCACAUCUAUUGGGGAACCGUCAACUCAAAUGACCCUUAAAACUUUCCAUUUUGCUGGCGUUGCUUCAAUGAAUAUCACUGAAGGAGUCCCCAGAAUCAAGGAGAUAAUCAAUGCUGUCAGGCACAUCUCCACACCCGUCAUUACAGUAGCUUUGAAGAAUGAUAGCGACGAGAAACUGGCCAGAAGAGUCAAAGCCAGAAUUGAGAAAACCACUUUAGGUACGAUAACACUCUCCACAUGAUGAUUUUUUAGGAGAGAUUAGUGAAUACAUAGAGCAAGUGUUUCUUCCCGACGAUUCUUUUGUUUUGAUCAAACUCAGUGCUCGGAGGAUUCGAUUGCUUCAACUGGAAGUGACCAUGGAUACCAUUAUUCAAGCCAUCCAAUCCACCAAACUCCCAAUCCCACUUAAAAACCGCCAGCUUCGACCGGUCGGGAAGACGAUGAUUAUGGUGCGGCCUGGAGACGAUGAAGGGAUGUCCCGAACAAUGGCUCUUCAUUGUCUCAAAUAUUCUCUGGUCAAUGUUGUUGUUAAAGGACUUCCCAACGUGGUCAGAUGUGUGAUCCAUGCGGACGAGAGAAGGGGAGAGAGCUACCAGUUGCUUGUAGAAGGCACUGACUUCAAGGAUGUGAUGGCUGUAUACGAGACCGAGCCGAACAAAACCGUCUUCAACAACGCCUCAGUUGUGGCCGAAGUCUUGGGUAUUGAAGCGGCCCGGGUGUCCAUAGUGUCAGAAAUCAUCUCCACCAUGAAAUCGCAUGGAAUCGAAUUGGACAGGAGACAUGUCAUGCUUCUGGCAGAUUUGAUGACUUACAGGUGUGUUCUUUUCUAUAAAAUUUAGUGCUGAUUUCAGAGGAGAAGUGUUGGGAAUCACAAGAAAUGGAUUGGUGAAAAUGAAAGAGUCGGUUUUACUGUUGGCCUCGUUCGAAAGGACCACUGACCAUCUGUUUGAAGCCGCUUUCUUUGGUCAGAAAGAUGAUCUUGUGGGUGUUUCGGAGAGUAUUAUUAUGGGAACACAAGCUCGAAUUGGAACUGGAAUGUUCAAACUACUACAAAGUCGAGGUCCCUUGCCCUCGAUCUCCAACUUAUCCAAAAGUCCGGUAUUUGGAUUGCCAGAGCUCAAGCUGAAGUUGUGA